UAAUCACUUGUUUCACAACUGCGAUAAGAGACGAUCGAAUACGCGAGAUACCGGGUGGCGCAUGGUGGAACUCAGAGGAAUCUUCGUGGAGGGGAAGCUUCGAGAAUUAUCCUAUUCUACAUUUUACUCCGUGUGCCGGUCGCAGUUUAGGUUACACAACGUGCCCGAAAGCGUGCGUUCGUCCGGCUUUGAUCGAUUACUCUUGUGAUUGCCAGAGAAAUUGCGAUGGCUGCUGCCAAUGCUGUGAAGAGGCUUAUUCCUCUUUUUGAUAGAGUUCUCAUACAAAGAGCAGAGGCUGUAACCAAAACAAAAGGUGGCAUUGUGUUGCCAGAAAAAGCACAGGCAAAAGUCCUGCGAGGCACAGUUAUUGCAAUAGGGCCUGGAGCGAAGAAUGAUAAAGGAGAACAUGUGCCUUUAAGCAUUAAGAUUGGAGACACUGUAUUACUUCCUGAAUAUGGCGGCACAAAAGUCGAACUUGAGGAUAACAGAGAGUACCAUUUGUUCCGCGAAUCGGAUAUACUAGCCAAAGUAGAAGUUUAAGUUAUUCAUCGACUUUAUUACGUUCCCAGUUUUGUAAAUGCUACCAAUUGUUCCGUAACUUCAUGAACUAAUUUGCAGCAAGAUAUAUAAAAUUUUGUAAUAUAAAAGUUAUUUGGAAGUUAUUUGUUUAAUCUAAUAAAAAAACUUUAGUUUUCAAAAAAUUUUGUUGCUGCUAAAGCGCCAUUCUCAUUCUAUAUGUACAUACAACUUAUGA